AUGUUGAAACCGUCGCUGGACAGACAUGGGCGAUGGUUCUCUCUCUCUUGCUCCGCCGUGCUCCUAGCUACUGUCUGCGGCGUAUACAUCUAUCUCUAUUACCCAGUCGGCGGUGUGUCAAUAGGCCUCCUUCGGCCCGUGCCUAACGCCAACAACGACACUCAUACUAAUGCAUGGGAUCCUACUGUGCAAGAUGGUGUGGAUGAUGGAUCUAUAUUACUGCACCCAGAGCAGCAUGUCUUUCGCGAUCCCACCACAAUUCACAUGACAUGGAACGUCACGCUGGAGCCGCGAGCGCCGGAUGGUGUUACGAAACCGGUGUACCUCAUCAAUGGACGAUUUCCCGGUCCUACAAUUGAGGCACGGCCAGGCGACGAACUUGUCAUCGAUGUAUAUAAUUCUGUUGCCAAGGAAGAAGGCAUUUCCAUCCAUUGGCACGGCUUAUCUAUGAAGGGGACCAUCGAGAUGGACGGAGUCGUCGGCGUGAGUCAGUGUGCAAUUGGCCCAUUCGAGAGUUACACAUAUCGCUUUCGCAUCGAGACCAACCAAUUUGGCACAUUCUGGUAUCAUGCCCAUUCCGGUGUCCAGCGCGCCGAUGGGCUGUACGGUGGGCUUGUGGUCCAUGAGCCCGCCGGCAAUACUAGCCGAGACCAACGGUCAGAACAUCUGCUCCUUAUAGGUGACUGGUAUCAUCGGCAAGCAGACGCCGUUUUUGAGUGGUAUCACAAUCCAGGCCACUUUGGCAUGCAGCCUGCGCCCGACUCACUUCUCAUUAACGGGAAAGGCUCUUACAACUGCUCAAUGGCUGUUAAAGCACAUCCAGUGGAAUGCAGCCUGAUUGAGAAGCCAAUAGUGACCUUUGCACAAAGUGAUCGUAUUCUAUUACGAGUUGUUAAUACUGGAGCUUCAGCCGGAUUCUCAUUCUCACUUGGACAGGCGCCCAUGACGGUCAUUGCAGUCGAUGGUGGAAAUCCUGUAGGACCAGAUACCCCAAGCUCAACUUUGAUUGGCUUACUGUAUGCUGGAGAACGAAUGGAUAUUCUUGUUGAACAUCCAAGAGACUCCGGAAUAGCAAGUAGCUCUGAGAUGAAGGGAGAACCCGGAGCAGAACUGAGCCUGACAAUCGGUCUCGAUUUAGAGAACUUCCACUUGACGAACUUCGCCCUUACACCGAAACAAUCUUUUCCUGUGCUGUGGCGAGGUAAAAGCGAGGAAGUCCAGAAAGAUGCUCACCAGCAGGAUGCCACGGGAUCCGUCACACAGUUCAAUCUCGCACAACUAUCAGGCGGCCCCGUCGCGGCGGACGUUGCUCAGAAACCUACAGACAAGGCGGUUGUGUACACAGCAAUGUCAAUCCGAUCGGCAAGCGGCCUUCGACCGGUCGGCGCAGUGAAUCGUACUGCCUGGUUAAUUGCUGACCCCAGAGCACCGCCACUUCUUGCUCUGAACCGGAGCGACUGGGAGCGUGUAACAAAGCAGCCUGGACCAGUCUGGACUCUAGAUGUCCCUCAGUACCAGUCUGGGGAGAAUAAGUGGAUGGAGCUUGUAGUGAACAAUCCGGAUAAUCAGGGACAUGUAUUCCACUUGCAUGGAUAUGACUUUUAUGUUGUGUCAAAGUUCCAACAAACCCAACUGGGCUUCCCUGGAACAUACAACCCCUUUGACUUGGCGAGUGCUCCACCUGGUGGGCCAAUAAAUACACUCAACCCCCUUCGCAAAGACACCGUGUACAUCCCAAGAAAUGGGUACGUUGUGCUGCGCUUCCCGUUAGCAAAUGACGGGUUGUGGCUACUGCAUUGUCACACUUUAUGGCACUUGGCGUCGGGCAUGGGCAUGGUAAUUCAGAUCGGCGAGAUUGGCGAAGAUAUCAGACAGAGGGCCGCCGCACUAUGCUCAACAUGA